AUGGCGCAUCCACUGCCAACAUCACCGUCGCGGAUGCAUACGGAGAAGGAGCUUCGGAACCAGAUGCCACCCCUGCAGACCAUGUCAAUUCAACGCAAGACGACAGCUCAAUCCCGCCCACAGCCAGCUUCCAAAGCUCCUACCUCCGAUAGGAUACCAGAUGAGGCUAAAAUCAAGUCUCCCACGUCGCCCGCUGGCCACCAGCGCUUCGUCUUGACCGACGUGGUAGCCGCGCGAUACAUCGAGGAGGACCCAACAACCUCAUGCCACGUCCUCGCCCGUCGCCAGAGGAUCGAGGGCUAUGAGAUAUACCUAGUCGAACAAUGGGCGUGUUCGCGCACCCAUCCCACCUUCCUCAUCACGACGUAUACCGGCAAUCCAGAGGAUACUGUGCUGGCCACAAUCAUAAGCGUUCCUAAGAACGAGGAGGAAUGGUCACCGCAGAUGCGUCUGUAUUUCAGGUCGCUUACCGAAUAUCAUGCGCGGAGAAAGGACACACCCUAUGGUGCCCUGAUGGUUACAAACCUCAGUGGUUUUCCCUCUUCCCUGACGGUAAUCCCUAUUCCUGGGGGUGACCUGAAGAAGUACCGCGAGCCCUUCUUUGUCAACGAGAACUUGAAGAGAUUGGGUUGUUCAGGUCGGCUGGGCAUAAAGCUCACGCCACCAAGCAGUGCGACGCAGGCCAAGUUCCAGCAACUAUACCGGACGAGCGAAAAAAUACCGUUCAACGCAUCCGUAAUUGAGCUUGUGAAGCUCUGUCAGGUUGCGCUUGUCUUGUUUGGGAAGCUAGAACCAGAGUAUGCAGACGGGCUGCUGUGCGAUGUUACAGAGAAAGCUAUCAACGAUUGGUGGAUAGACUUCGGAUCUGAAUACUACACGGUAGAACCUCAUGAUGGCAUUCUCGGUCCUACCACAGUCGCUGCCCUACUGGGCAUGCUAAUGGGUGCACGAAACAGGUUGAGUGCAUGUAGCGCCGCAGUCGCAAAGGAUGUAUUUGACAUUGAGGCAACUAAGCGUGGUAUUGCACAUUUUCAAAAAUCCCAUCAUCUACCUAGAACUCGACGUCUCGAUCGACACACGCUCGAUAAGUUACGAAGAGCCUCAGCAAAGGCAGCCAGCAAGGAGGGUUGGGCCGUUCCCAGAGCCUUCAAAUCUACAGUGGCUGAGCUAGGAGGCAAGGGUGGUGAGAUGGUCAUGGGUAUUGUUGGGGCUGGACAGAAGGAUGGCAUCGCUGAAGUGGAGACUGUCGACAUCGACCAGUUUGUGGAGCUUGUGAGGGGCGAACAUGCAAAGUGGUUAUGGCACGGAAAGCCUAGGAAGACAGCAUCAGGAGACUCCAUGUUUGAUCGACUUCCUGGUGGGGAAGCACGCUCAACCUCGCCAGACAAACACGACCCCACAUCGAAACCGCUUCACGGCGAGACAACGCUCGAUCAUCAGAACAUCGCGAAGCGCGAUACAGGGUCUUCAGAGAUGAAGAAAGUAGACACCUUUACGCCAGAUGGUCAGGAGAAGGAGAGUUUCAAAGACCCAUCUUCUAAAAGAGCCGCUAUCAAAGCCAAGUUAGAGUCUGGUAGCGGCUUUCAUCACAUAAAGAAUGCUGUCGGCCUGCGUACUCAUGCAAGUAAAAUAUCUCGAGAAGAACAUGGACGACAUGGGUUGCAUCGAACAAAGAGUGGUACCCCACAAUACACAGACUCACGAACGUCGAUGGAUUACUACGAGAGCCAGUCGGACGAUCCCCAUUCUCUCAUGUCACCUCAGAGCACAGCCGGCGAAGAGCCAGCCUUUGCCAAACAGCUUACCGAAACGCCAGGCGACUCUGUCAUUCCAUUAAGUGACAGCAAGCUAGUUGGUGGUCGUCAUGGAUCCAACUUACGGAGUUCUGUUGUAGAAAGCGAAGCUUCAGAUCAUCCCGAUGAACCACCAACUGUAGCGAGCUCUCUCGCGGGGUCUAUCUACCAUGGAGUCGAUCUCAACGAAAACCUCCCCGUCGACCAAGCAAACGCAGUCCCACCUCUUUUACGUCGUACUCAAUCCGGUGACCAAUUUGGGUUCCACCAGCCAUCUCGCAGCGACGACUGGUGGCCCCGCCACCUCUCCUUCAGCACCGCCGAGGAAAGUGUCCUCCGCUGGUCCACCAUCAACGCUCAAGACGGCGACGAAGAAGCCAUAACAGAAGACGACAACACCGCCACCAUGGACACCAUCACAGCCCGCAACGCAACCCAAAAUCUACACUCGACACAGCUCAAACGCCUUCACAACCAGCUCCACACCCUCUCUUCCAAAGACCAAGCCUGGGUUCAAAAUGCUGUCUCCUCUAUCCUUGCCCUCUCCGACUCCGCAAACACGGAUAUUCAAACCCUGGAAUCGAUCUACUACCCCCAUCUUGAUACGUACCACAGUCUCCGCGAAGAUGCUCACGCUACUGUGACGAAUAACCGUGGUCAGCUUACGGCUAGUCUGAGGGAAUUAGGCAAUGUUGGGGAUAAACUAGAGUAUGAGAUUAGUGCGCUAAGAGGCAAGGUCGAGGACAUUGAGGAUGUGAUGGGUGAGUUUGAGAGACAGGUAGAAUUUGUUGAGGGGAGGGUGAAUGAUUUGGAUAGAGUGCUGGGUGAGAGGGAAGGCUGGUGGAGGUGGGGUAUUAGGGUUCUGACUGGCGUUGGCACAGCGCCUGGGUAA